ACUGCGUGCACAUGUUGGAGAAACAAUUAAUGUGACUUGCCCAGCCCGUGAUUCUGGGCGGGGAACCAGAAAGUUUGUCUGUAAGAAACCGUGUGGUAUCAAUGACUUCACCAUCAUGUCUGGUCAGACCUUGGAUGGGAGAUACACAGUGGAGACCUCAGGAACAGGAGAGUUCAUUGUGACCAUCAGUAAACUGCAGAAGUCAGACGCUGGGACGUACGUGUGUGGAGUGGGCGCCUCUACAUAUUAUGAAGUGGAUGUCACAGUUGUGGGCGGUGAGAGGUUUGUGAUGUCCCCCCAGUCACUGCGUGCACAUGUUGGAGAAACAAUUAAUGUGACUUGCCCAGCCCGUGAUUCUGGGCGGGGAACCAGAAAGUUUGUCUGUAAGAAACCGUGUGGUAUGAAUGACGUCGUCAUCAUGUCUGAUCAGCCAUCGCAUGGGAGAUACACAGUGGAGACCUCAGAAACAGGAGAGUUCAUUGUGACCAUCAGUAAACUGCAGAAGUCAGAUGCUGGGACGUACUUGUGUGGAGCGGGCGGCUCUGUGUAUCAUGACGUGGAUGUCACAGUUGUGGGCGUUUUUCACAACAUGACUGGUACAGGCUACGAGAUAAAGACCUCCUGUGCCUAA